AUGAAAAGGUCUGUCGAAGCGACGUCAACAGCAGAGCGUUGGUGGCUCACGAAAGGACGACUCUUAUCUUCGGAGCAGCAGCAGCAGCAGCGGAAGGAUUGUCUCGUCGUGGGGGCAGCGGUGCCAGCGUCGGCGGCUCGAGUCUUUGCUCAAGCGGAGGACGGAGGGCCGGGCGCGAACCUCGGUUCGACCUCCGCGGCGGGGGAAGACGUGGACCAGACUGGCAGUCAGAGCAGCUUCAUGCACCGGCAGUUCAGCGCUGAUUGCUGCCCGGCGGUUCACAAAUUCUCGCUGAGGAUGUUCGGCAGCCAGAAGGCGGUGGAGAAGGAGCAGGAGGGGUCAAGGUUGGCCGGAUUCUGGAUCAUCCACCCAUACAGCGACUUCAGGUUCUACUGGGACCUCGUCAUGCUGCUGCUGAUGGUGGGCAACCUCAUCGUGAUCCCCGUGGGAAUCACCUUCUUCAAGGAGGAGACCACGACGCCGUGGAUCAUCUUCAACGUCUUCUCGGACACAUUCUUCCUCGUCGACCUCGUGCUCAACUUCCGCACGGGCAUCGUGGUCGAGGACAACACCGACAUCAUCCUGGACCCGCGCAAGAUCAAGCGCACGUACCUGCGCACCUGGUUCCUGGUGGACCUGGUGUCCUCCAUCCCCGUCGACUACAUCUUCCUCAUCGUGGAGAGCGGCAUGGACUCGGACGUGUACAAGACGGCGCGCGCCCUGCGCAUCGUGCGCUUCGCAAAGAUCCUCAGCCUGCUGCGGCUGCUGCGUCUGUCCAGGCUCAUUCGCUACAUCCACCAGUGGGAGGAGAUCUUCCACAUGACGUACGACCUGGCGAGCGCCGUGAUGCGCAUCAUCAACCUCAUCGCCAUGAUGCUGCUGCUGUGCCACUGGGACGGCUGCCUGCAGUUCCUCGUGCCCAUGCUGCAGGACUUCCCAGACGACUGCUGGGUCACCACCUCCCGCAUGGUGAACGUGUCGUGGGAGAUGCAGUACUCGUACGCCCUCUUCAUGGCCAUGAGCCACAUGCUGUGCAUCGGCUACGGGCAGCAGGCGCCCUCCAGCAUGUCCGACGUGUGGCUCACAAUGCUGAGCAUGAUUGUGGGCGCCACGUGCUACGCCAUGUUCAUCGGGCACGCCACGGCGCUCAUCCAGUCGCUCGACUCGUCGCGACGCCAGUACCAGGAGAAGUACAAGCAAGUGGAGCAGUACAUGUCGUUCCACAAGCUGCCGGCGGAGCUGCGCCAGCGCAUCCACGAGUACUACGAGCACCGCUACCAGGGCAAGAUGUUCGAUGAGGACAACAUCCUGGGGGAGCUCAACGAGCCGCUCCGACACGAGAUCGUCAACUACAACUGCCGCAAGCUCGUCGCCUCCAUGCCGCUGUUCGCCAACGCGGACCCCAACUUCGUGACGGCGAUGCUCACCAAGCUGCAGUUCGAGGUGUUCCAGCCGGCGGACUUCAUCGUGCGCGAGGGCACCAUCGGCAAGAAGAUGUACUUCAUCCAGCACGGCGUCGUCAGCAUCAUCACCAAGGCCAACAAGGAGACGAAGCUCUCCGACGGCUCCUACUUUGGAGAGAUCUGCCUGCUGACGCGCGGGCGCCGCACGGCGAGUGUGCGCGCCGACACGUACUGCCGCCUCUUCUCGCUCUCCGUGGACCACUUCAACGAGGUGCUGGAGGAGUACCCCAUGAUGCGGCGAGCCUUCGAGACCGUGGCCAUCGACCGCCUCGACCGCAUCGGCAAGAAGAACUCCAUGCUGCUGCACAAGAUGCAAGACGACCUCAACGAGGGCAUCUUCAACACGAGCGAGCACGACAUCAUCCAGCGCAUCGUGCGCUACGACCGCGAGAUGACGCUGCAGGAGGCCGCCGCCCAGCAGCACGCGCAGCAGCAGCAGCAGCUGCAGCAGCGGCACGCGCAGCAGCAGGCGCAGGGGGCCCUGUCGCCGGGGGGCAGCGCCGCCGUCAACUCCCUCAUCAACACGGCCGCCUCCGUGACCAUCGCGCUCACGCACCAGGGCACCACGCCGCACGCGCAGCACCGGCCGCGCUCCUCCGCGCCGCAGUCGUCGGCGCAGUCGCCCCAGCAGCAGCCGCAGCAGCCGGCGGCCACGUGGCUCUGGCCGUCGAUCGGCGCCGCGACUUCGCCCCCGCCGGCGCUGCCGCCGCCGCCGCCCUCGGCGCCGUCCGCCUCCCGCGCCGCGUCGGUGAAGGGCGGCUCUUCCUCCCCUUCGCGGCCGCGCUCGCCGCGCCAGCAGCAGCAGCAGGCCGGCGGCAGCCCCCCGCACACGCCGCGGAGGGCCGCCCACCGCAGCGCGCAGACGCUGGGACGCAGCGGCACGACCGCCGGCACCGGCACCGGCGCCUCCUCCUCCUCCUCGGCCGGCGUCGGCGGCGUCGGCGCCGCGGCUACGGCGCUGAGCCGGGACGCGCGGCCGCUCUCGCAGUCGCAGCCGGCGCUGAAGCACCACGACGGCGGGGCGCCGGCGCGGGCCGCGGCGGCGGCGGCGCCGUCGGCCACCGCCGCGUCGCCGGGCGGGACGGGCUCCGGCCCCGCGGACGGCGGGACGGCGCCCGCGCGGUGGGGGGCGCUGCCUCCGCCGAUGUUGCCCACGACGGCCGCCGCUGGUGCCGCCGGUGCCGGCGCUCAGCAGCAGCAGCAGGGGCUGUCGCGAGGGAGGGCGGCGACGCUGCUGGGGCGCCAGCCGUCGUCGGCGUCCGUGGGCCCCCACGGCGGCGUGCCGUGGGUGCCCGGGGCGCCGCUCGCGCGGGAGCUGAGCCUCGUCAAGAGGGACUCGGUGGUGGUGGCCGGGGAGGGCGGCGAGCCGGCACGGGCCAGGCUCUCCUCCAACCUGUAGCGUGGUGGUGCCGGUGGUGCCGCUGCUGGUGAUGAUGCUGCUGGUGCUGCUGCUGGUGGUGCUGCUGGUGGUGCUGCUGGUGGUGGUGCUGCUGGUGGUGCUGCUGGUGGUGGUGGUGGUGGUGCUGCUGGUGGUGCUGCUGGUGGUGGUGCUGCUGGUGGUGCUGCUGGUGGUGCUGCUGGUGGUGGUGCUGCUGGUGAUACUGCUGGUGGUGCUGGUGGUGGUGCGUCUGCUGCUGGUGGUUGUGGUAGUGCGAGCUACUGGUGGUGGUAGAGACGAUGGUGCGGGACGUGCGAACGUUACGUCACUCCGCGCCGCCAUCGUCAUCGCCAGUGGAGAUCGUCGCCGGCCGAGACGUCAUCGCAAACUCGUUUGAAGUCAUCGUCGUCAAUCGCUCACCACCGUCGGUUCUUUAAAACAAGUCGUAUUGUUUUGUUGUUGGUCAAAAUCAUCGCUGUGCUCCUCCAGAACCCACCGUCCGUUUUCUCACAACCGCCCUCUUCGCAAUCGCCCGGUUCGCAUUGAACGCAGUUUCCACAGUUUUUGAACCUCGCCGUCCUAAAUUGAUCUCCCCGAGUAAUUUGUCAUCGUCCCAGAUCACUGUUGUGUUGUCUUAAAAUAAUGUCCGGCGUUGAAAUCGAGCGACGCCGCUAAGCAUCGCGACGCGCCGACGGCUCGGCUCGCCGCACGUUGUCAGCGUCGACGAUUAUUCUCGACGUGUGCGCAGCGCCACUGCGAGCGGAAAAUUAUUCCCGAAUCGAAUUACGACCGACGACGAUGACGCCGCCGCACGGCUACAAAUGUUGUCUCCCCUCCCCCCUCCAACCCUCCACCACGUGGUGGGUGAAUUAUUUUACGAGGUCGUUCAUCGUCGUCGUCGUCAAGUCAAUUCGGUAUCGGCAAUUGUUGAGUUGAAACGCAAUGCGCACGGUCGUAGCCAUCGAUGUCACCACGGCAAUUAACUUAUUUCUCCCCACUUUUUUAAAUGAGCGGAAAAGUAAUUUCAAAUAAAUCCCGUCGUCAUCAUCAGCACAGUUCGUGACGAUUCAAAAAUAACUAACGGUGAUCAAUGAGCAACGGUAUUUAUCGGCAUCACCAGUGGCAAGUUUCACUACCACCACCACCAUCAUCACCAUCAACACCAUCAUCAUCACCAUCAUCACCAUCAUCACCAUCACCACCAUCACCACCAUCAUCACCAUCACCACCAUCAUCACCAUCAGCAGCAGCGGCAUCAAAAAGUGAAUUUCAGCAGCGGCACCACGAACCACGUGACAUCACCACAUAUCACGUGACAUCACCACCAUCGCCGAGAGGGUUUUGUUCUUUUAAGAGGCCAGGGGUGGAAUUCCGCGUGGUGGCUCCUCAUCCUCAGGCCCGAUUUUUGGGGGCCCUCUUUUUGUGAGGUCCGUGGCAGAUCGCCCCCCCCACCCCACCACCCCACCCCCCACGACAACCCUUGGCAGCCGCGACCGCUGUCAAAACUACAACGAUGCAAAUUGUACGUUGUGAAAAUUCAUAACCGUUUAACAAAUCGUCGCGAUCUUCAUCAUAUGCAUACUCAUCGUAAUCUUCAUCGCCACUCGUACCAAUAGCCACGAAGAGUCGUGAUCUCGCGUGCGAAUAAUUUCGAGAAAGGAUUCAGUCCAUGGUGGGGCGCACGCGAGUGUGUGCGCGCGCGCACGCAGUGACACGCGCAGUGGCACGCACGCACAACAGCAAUGUACAUAAAUACAUAGAGCCCCCCCUCCCUUCCACCCAACUACAGGACAACAAAGAUGACUGCAAGCGCCGAGUGGGCAGAGAGAUAUUGCGACCGUGCGGACCGUCCGUGCGUCUCCUGACGCAAAAGUGGACUCUGACCCAAACAAAACAAAAACAACUCUGCUGAGCGAGGAGCUGUCGGCGAACCCCCCAAACAAAACAACAACAACAAGCGACACACCACGACGAAUCUGUGGUCGUCACGAAGCUGCGAUGGCACGCACCUCCGCCGAGCUGUUUGUCCACUUGCCCAGUGGCUGGCACGGGUUCCGCCGGUGCCACAUACAGAAUUGGAAGCUCUGUUUCGAUGUUUUUUGUGCCCCUUGGUAAUCCUCUCCGGCCCCUCGACCCCACAUCGCAAUGCCCCCCCCCCUACCCUGGCCCCGUGGCUCCAGGGCCCCCUCCAGCCCCCGGUCGCAAUUUCCCGUGGGGCUUCCGGCGCAGUUGCACCGCCUGUACACCGGCUCGGCAGCGACGCUGCCAAUGCCGCCACCGCAGCG